AGCAUAUAAAACCGUGAAGAAAAGUGUCGAUUUUUAAGAAGACGUCAUGCUUUCUGCAACUCCCCUGUAUGGCAACGUUCAUAGCUGGAUGAGCAAUGAAAGGGUCCGCAUGUGUGGAAUUAAUGAAGACAGGAAAAUUCCCGUUAAUGAUGGCGAUGCACCGAAAAGCAGACUGGAGUUGAGGGAAGAAAAUCACCUGAAUCACAGUGUGGUGGAUGCGACUACAGCACAUCGCAUUGACAGUCUCGCAGCUCUGAGUAUGGACAGGUCUGGACUCAUGAGAGAAGGACUCAGAGUCCCCAGUAGUAUUGUCUAUUCCAGCUUGUGCGGACUCGGCUCGGAAAAAUCACGGGAUGCUGCGAGUUCAAUAGCUGGGCUUGGAUUUACUCCUGAGCGAAAUCCAGAGAUACAGUUUAAGUCUAAUCCCCCUGAAGCAGUAGAAAACGCAGCUGUCUCCGGAAAAGCCCCGAACGGCUUCAGCGCUAUAUACAAAACACCACCUGGAAUACAAAAAAACUCUGUCCCCACGGGUGAGCCGCUGGGUUUGGACCGAGCUGUGGGUGACAAGCAGAGUCCCCUCGGUGUCAAUGGUGCUAGUUACCUAAGGCUCCCAUGG